UGUCAAUGUCAAAUCAAAUCAAAACAACGUGGGAAUUGGGAUAUUUAUUUUUACUUCUAACUUCUAAUUCCAGUUAUUAUUCCAAAUUAUACCAAAAAUAAUCUAAACAAACCAGCAAUGAAAAUUUCAGAGCUGCCCGGUGAUGAUGAAUCCACACUCACUUGCCGCACCUACGUCUUCGCAGAUGAGAGCCACACAUUAGGGAAUGCAUUGAAAUGCAUUAUAAGCAGAUAUGAAGAUGUCCAAUUCUGUGGCUACACGGUGCCGCACCCUGCAGAAGCCAAGAUGCACUUCAGGAUACAGGCACACGAGACACCGGCACUAGAAAUACUGAAAAGAGGACUCAAAGAUCUUGAAAAAGUCUGUGAUCAUACCAUCAACUUAUUUGAAAGUGAAGUAAAAGAAUAUUGUAAAAGUUAAA